AUUCAUGAGAAAUGAAGACUCCCCUUCCAUUCAUGAAGUCCUUAUGCAUUACUACAGAGAUGGGAGGUCUAGUAUAUAUGCAUUACUGAACCAACCUAACCCACCACCACCAAGAUCUGUAAAAGAGCAAUGGAGAAGCUUCCUCCCAAUUUAUAACAAACCAGCAAUCUACCAAAGAACAGAGAGUGAUUCAAGUAGGUAAUAACACUAAUAAUGGUGGGGAGUUAAUAUAUCAUCUACAUCUAAUAAUGGUAAAUUGGGCAGUUGGGCACACAGAGAAGAACGCAGAAUGCUGUACACGAGCAAACAAGAGACUUUAUUGCAGACUGAUUGAUAACCACGUUCUUGUGAACUAUUACCCACAAAUAGCCAGCUACCAGCAGCAGGCUCACUGCCAUUACUCCUCCCAAACACUUACCGAAGAACCCUCUACAAGAACUUCUCUAUGGAGGUGGUCAGGGUGGACUUGGGCACAGCUCCGAUCACCGCAUCUUUCUUAUCCCCGUCUUUGAAGAUCAUCACAGUCGGGAUGCUCCGGAUGCCGUACUGGGUCGCCACCGACGGGCUCUCGUCGGUGUUGAGCUUGUAGCAUUUCAGCUUCCCGGCGUACUGCUUAGCCACCUCGUCGAUGAUUGGGUGGAUCAUCCGGCAGGGGCCACACCAUGGCGCCCAGAAUUCCACGAGGACCGGGGUUUCCGACUCGAUGACGACGGACUGCCAGUCGCCGUCUGUAACUGCCGGGACUGCACCAUAAAAGACAGAAUUGAGAAUUCACAAACCCUAAUUAGUCCAAUUUAAUCGAGGAUCGAGAGAAGGGGACAUGCAGGCAGACCUUCGGUGGCGGUUUCCUGCUGGGCCUCGCAGACGAUGGAGGAGCGGCGAGGUGGAGUGGGGGUGAGGGAUCGGAAGGAGCGAGCCGGGUAUGCGAGUUUGAGACCUCUGGCGGUGGGGAAAGGGAGGGAUCGAGGGCAUGGAGAUAGAAAGGAAGAAGCGGUGCCGCCAAGGCAGGAGGAAGAAGGUCUGAGAAGAGAAGAAGAGGGGCGAGGGACGACAACGGAUUCGAGAACGGCGGUGGCCAUGGGGAGAAAUCGCCGGACGGGAUGAGGGAUCUGAGGAGUGAGAGAGGAGGCGGAGGAGAACAGAUGAUCUGGUGGAUGGGAGAUGGGAGUUAGAUAGCGAGUGGUGAGUGGGCCGGGAAGGGGAUAACGAAGAAGACUAUGACAGUUGUCUCGCUCUCGUCUUUCUCUUUCUCUCCCUCUCCCUCUCAGCUCGCUGAUUUCCUACGCGUGUGUUUACUUUGGUGUUGCUUUCCGGCCGUUUUGUCAAAAUACGACGGAAGCCGAUUAUCUUAAACCGUCAAUUUGGGCCCGCGAUUCUGAGCCUAUGGGCUGGAUUUGGGAUAGUUGUGUACCGGAUUGGCCCGUUUGAGUACCGGCGGUGACCAGAUUGAACCACAUAUGAUGCGGCGUCGUUUGUUAUUGAGUGCUGUUCAAAGUGUUUCUUCUUCGUCCGGCAAAACAAUUUUAGAUACUCCCAGUACCAUAGUGUCAAACUCGACGGAGCUGCACGGAAAGCACGUUGGAGAAAGCAGCCAUGGAUUUCACUCCUCUCAGCAACGCCUUGACCGCCAAAUCCUAUGAUAAGGUUGCUGAUUUCUGCGAUGAACUCAUGCUCAAGGCUGCAGCUGAGGGGGUUCCGUUUCAAGACGAGUGGCCCUAUGCGAUUCAUCUUCUCGGUUAUAUUUACGUUAAUGAUGUUAACAGUGCUCGGUUUCUGUGGAAAUCAAUCCCUUCGACGAUCAAGGAGGGACAGCAAGAAGUUGCUGCUGCUUGGAACAUUGGUCAGAAAUUGUGGACGCACGAUUAUUCUGGUGUGCACGAGGCUGUUCGUCAUUUUGAUUGGAGCGAACAGACUCGCCCUCUUGUUGCUGCAUUUGCAGAGGUUUAUAGCCAAAGGAUCUUCCGGUUGCUGUUGUCUGCUUAUUCAACUAUAAGCAUCCAAGACACAGCUCUCUUUUUGGGGAUGAAUGAGGAUGAUGCUACAAAGUAUGUGGUGGGCCAAGGGUGGAUUCUUGAUUCUGCUUCUCAGAUGCUAACGGUGAAGAAGCAGGCUGUUGCCGUGGAGCAGAAACUGGACUCAGAUAAGCUGCAGCGCUUGACAGAAUAUGUCUUCUACUUAGAGCACUGACGUGACGUCCAGAUAACCUGUGAAAUCUGCCUUUCGAGCAUCUGAGCAAGACGAGUACAUACAAUCGAAUUCUAUCGGGAACUAGGAUGUGCAGCAUAGAGAAUUUUGCGUCGAAUUUUGUGGCUACGAAUUUUGUUCUGAAUGAAUUUGAUGUUUUGCUCACAACAUUCAGACAGAAAUCAGUUACAUUUGAUUGUCCAAAGUUAUCAUUAAAUCAGCUUGGUUUUACUUUGCGCGUCUCUGCUUGCUUAUGAA